GUUACUUGUCCAGUUGUUAUUGUUUCAUCGAGACGGAGUCCUUGGAUUGCAAUAUUUCAACUUUCCAACUCCUCAACAUUUCCAUGUGAUACCCCUGUCGUCUUGUAUAUAUACACCCACCAACUACACCUAGAGCACCGGAUCUCAACACAAUUGUGUUUAUUGAUUAAUUUGGUGUCGUGGGUGUGUUUUUGUUUUGUGAAAUUUUCUCUCUCUCUCCUCUCCUUCUUGUUAGAAAGAAAAGAUGACGGUGGGAGCUGGAAUAUCUGUGAGCGAUGCCAAGUUGAUGGUGUUGGGGAGUUGUGUAUUGAGUGAUGUUCAUGGGAACGUUGAGAUAACUCCUGCAUCAUUCAUCAAUGGUGCCUUCAUUGGAGUCAAAUCCGAUCAGAUUGGGAGCCACAGAGUCUUCCCUAUUGGAAAGCUUGAGGGCUUGAGAUUCAUGUGCUGUUUCCGGUUCAAAAUGUGGUGGAUGACACAGAGAAUGGGUACUUGUGGCCAAGAGAUCCCCUUUGAGACUCAAUUUUUAGUUGUUGAAGCAAAAGAUGGAUCUCAUUUUGGGGAUGGGGAGAACCAAUCUGCACUCUAUGUUGUGUUUUUACCAAUUCUUGAAGGGGAUUUCAGGGCUGUUCUUCAAGGGAAUGAACAGAACGAAUUGGAGAUAUGUUUAGAGAGUGGAGAUCCUGCCGUGAAUGGAUUUGAGGGGAGUCAUCUGGUUUUCAUGGCUGCUGGAUCAGACCCAUUUGAUGUUAUCACUAAUGCAGUAAAGAAUGUCGAGAAACAUUUGCAGACCUUCUCUCACCGCGAUAGAAAGAAGAUGCCGGACAUGUUGAACUGGUUUGGCUGGUGUACAUGGGAUGCUUUCUAUACAGAUGUCACCGCAGAAGGUGUUAAGCAAGGACUAGAAAGCUUGGAGAAAGCUGGAAUUCCUCCAAAGUUUAUUAUCAUUGAUGACGGUUGGCAAUCCGUCGGCAUGGAUCCCACCAGUGUUGAAUUCAAAGCUGACAAUUGUGCAAACUUUGCAAAUAGGUUAACAGAUAUAAAAGAGAACCACAAAUUCCAGAAAGAUGGCAAAGAGGGUCACAGAGUAGAGGAUCCAGCAUUGGGAAUUCGCCACAUUGUUUCCGAAAUUAAAGACAAACAUGAUUUAAAGUAUGUCUAUGUGUGGCAUGCAAUAACCGGAUACUGGGGAGGUGUGAAACCUGGUGUUGCUGAAAUGGAACACUAUGAAUCCAAGAUUGCCUAUCCAAUCUCUUCUCCUGGAGUUAAGUCUAAUGAGGGUUGCGGAUGUUUAACAAGCCUUAUGUCAAAUGGGCUUGGCCUUGUGAAUCCAGAGAAAGUUUUUAACUUCUACAAUGAACUCCACUCCUAUCUUUCAUCAGCUGGCAUUGAUGGAGUCAAGGUUGAUGUGCAAAAUAUCCUUGAAACUCUUGGGGCAGGCCAUGGCGGGAGAGUGAAACUUGCUAGAAAAUAUCAUCAAGCAUUAGAAGCAUCGAUUGCUAGAAACUUCCCUGAUAAUGGAAUCAUAUCAUGUAUGAGUCACAACACAGAUGGUUUGUACAGCGCAAAAAGAUCGGCUGUUAUAAGGGCAUCUGAUGAUUUUUGGCCAAGGGAUCCAGCCUCACACACAAUACAUAUUGCAUCAGUUGCUUACAAUACCAUUUUUCUCGGAGAAUUCAUGCAGCCAGAUUGGGAUAUGUUUCAUAGCUUGCACCCAAUGGCGGAGUACCAUGGAGCCGCUAGGGCAGUCGGAGGAUGUGCUAUUUAUGUCAGUGAUAAACCUGGACAACAUGACUUUAAUCUAUUGAAAAAGCUUGUGCUUCCUGAUGGUUCAAUAUUGAGGGCCAAGCUUCCUGGAAGACCCACAAGGGAUUGCUUGUUCUCUGAUCCUGCCAGGGAUGGCAAAACCCUCUUAAAGAUAUGGAAUCUGAAUGAUUACACUGGAGUUGUGGGGGCUUUCAAUUGCCAAGGAGCUGGAUGGUGUAAGGUUGGAAAGAAGAACCUUAUCCAUGAUGAAUCUCCUGGCACAGUCACUGGUUUUAUCCGAGCUAAAGAUGUCGAUUAUCUCUCCAAAGUUGCAAGUGAUGGAUGGAAUGGGGAUGCUGUUGUGUAUUCUCAUCUUGCUGGGGAAGUAGUUUGUCUUCCGAAUAAUGCAUCCAUGCCAGUAACACUUCAAUCCCGGGAAUACGAAGUCUUUACAGUUGUUCCUGUUAAAGAACUAUCAAAUGGGACUACAUUUGCUCCCCUUGGUCUCCUCAAGAUGUUCAACUCAGGAGGAGCCAUCAAGGAACUGAAAUAUGAAUCUGAGAUAAGUGGCACCAUUGGAAUGAAAAUUCAAGGGUGUGGACUGUUCGGAGCAUUUUCAUCAGCUCGUCCGAAGAGGGUGGUAGUUGAUUCUGAGGAAGUUGAGUUUAUAUAUGAAGAGUCAUCUGGGUUGCUCACCAUUUCUUUGAGAGUCCCAGAGCAAGAACUGUACCAUUGGAACGUAGACAUCGAGCUGUAAGUUGAACUGUUAGUUAUCAAUCCAUUGGCAUUCAUGAUAAUUUGGUUUAGAGGUUUCAUUAGUAUUUUGUAGAAUAAAACGAAGGCUGGCUGAGGCUAGGCCUGUAAGUGUCAUUUGUAACAGAUUUCAUUGAAGAUCUGAUAAGAAGAUUGUGUUGAAGUUGUAUGACUAGUGGCGAUGUGCAGGUGCUGAUAUUUGGAAUUUGUCGUAGUUGUUGUUUGCAA